AAGCGCUGGAACUUAUUAGUGCUACGGUUAUAUAGGGGAGUGCACUACGAAGACGCUAGACGUUGCUUUUGAACUAGUUAUAAUAAGUAGCGUGUUUUUUAAACACUGCUGUUUGUAGAACUACACAUUUGCAAUAUUUGAAAAUAUUUUGGAUUAGUGAAAAUGCCUCCCCAAAGGAAACAGGAGGCUUCGUGGGUAUUGUACGAAGCCGACGCCAAUAACCUGCCAGAAGAUGCACCGCCCCAUGUACCUCCCUCAGCAGAGAAGAGACCUUGGAAGAUUGUGUGGAGAAAUGUGAUUCUGUUCUUUAUUCUGCAUGUCGGUGGUGUUUAUGGAGGGUACUUGUUCCUUUUCAAAGCCAUGUGGAGGACUUCUAUAUUCGCCAUAUUUUUGUACUUGUGUUCGGGAUUGGGUAUCACAGCUGGCGCGCACAGACUUUGGGCACACAAGUCCUAUAAAGCUCGGCUGCCACUGAGAAUAUUACUCACCAUAUUCAAUACUAUCGCUUUUCAGGAUGCCGUAGUGGAUUGGGCCCGUGAUCAUCGCAUGCACCACAAAUAUUCAGAGACCGAUGCGGACCCCCACAACGCAACCCGAGGAUUCUUCUUUUCCCACAUUGGCUGGUUGUUGUUGAGGAAGCAUCCCGAAAUCAAAGCCAAAGGCCAUACCGUCGACGUGAAUGAUCUGCGCAAUGAUCCUAUCCUACGUUUUCAGAAGAAGUACUACCAAAUUUUAAUGCCUUUAGCCUGUUUCAUCAUGCCUACAUAUGUACCAACAUUGUGGGGAGAAACAGUUUGGAACUCCUUCUACGUCUGCGCAAUUUUCCGCUACGUAUAUGUUCUCAAUAUAACUUGGUUGGUCAACUCAGCAGCACAUAUGUGGGGUAGCAAACCUUACGAUAAGAACAUCAACCCCGUCGAAACCAGGCCCGUUUCGUUAGUGGUGCUCGGCGAAGGAUUCCACAACUACCAUCACACGUUCCCGUGGGAUUACAAAACCGCCGAACUUGGAGAUUAUUCCCUUAAUUUGAGCAAGCUGUUCAUUGAUUUCAUGGCGAAGAUCGAUUGGGCUUAUGACCUUAAGACAGUAUCAACUGACGUCAUUCAGAAACGAACGAAAAGGACAGGUGAUGGAAGCCAUCCCGUAUGGGGAUACGAUGUUGGGGAGGUCGCUACUGAAGACAAAACUGAUACUACUAAUCUUGUCAAUUCUAAAGUGCUCUGAUACCAAAUAAGGCAUGUUAAAAAUACCUUUAGGGUUGUUUGUUAAUCAACCACUCAAUGUGAUAAUUUUUCCUGAUAAAAUCUACUUGACUAAUGUAGAUUAACAAUUAUGGUUAUUUCGUGAUUAUUUACACCAAUUAUUUUUUUUUGAGUUAAUUUGUUUUUUGUUUCCUUAUUUCAAACAAAAUAUAAUAUUGUUUUGUGUCAUCAAAAAGGCUUCAAGAGCAAUUCAAAAAAAAUAAUCCAUCAUUUUUUUACGCCAAAGCGAUACGUAGAGAAGUAAUAUUUAAUAAUUUAUUUCUAUUUGUAUGUAAUGUUAGUAAGUGUCAAACUUUAAUAAUCCGGUGUAAAAUAAAUAUUUUUUACCGUAUUUGAAUGUUGAAUCAAUAAAUAUUUUAUGAAUAA